AUAACACACUUUAGCGGUAAACUGAUCAAUCGUAAUUGAAUUCAGUAAAUUUUUGUCCUUAGUGUCAGUAACUUGUAUUGGCGCUACAAUGCGACAUACCUUUGAAUUUCAUUGGAUUGUUUUGAUUGGAUUCAUAGUGCUGUCCACUAUCCACAAAUCGCAUACGUACAAUUGUUCCAGUUAUUAUAUACUUUUGAACCACCCGGACUUUGAUGUUGAAGUCGUCACCGAUCCUAGUAUAGUAAACACGGCAGUUUUUGAAUCGUUAAAUUCAAGUAUUCCAAAAACAUGUUAUAUUGGACUUAGUUGCCUUGGAAGUAUGACGGAAUGUACGCCAAUUCUUCGACGGAGAAUCGUAUACGGUUCUGAUACUCAUGAACAUGAACCGGUUACCAAAAAAACCGACGUGACCUGGCCCCUGCCAAAACCUUCUCACCACGAACCAGAUGAAAAAGUUGAACUUACUACAAAAUGUCAAAAAGAUAUGAAAGAUUACCUUAUAAGUAACAAAUGUGAAGAGAAAAAUGAUACGAGGAAUGAAGCAACAGCGUUUUACCAAUGCAAUGCACUGCCGUAUGAAGACUGCGAGAGAAUCUCUGACGAAUAUUUACCAGGCAAUCUAACACCAGAACGUCGAGAAAAUUGUAAAAGCUAUAUAAUACACGUGAAAAAACUAUAUACUAUAUAUCAUAACAGUAGCGAUUUUCUACCGUAUUCACUUCGACCAAACCCUACAAAUUUCGAUAGAUUGUCAUGCAUUGAUGACACUACCACGUGCGUUCUGGACUUUAAUUGUACAGGCGAAGGGAAAAAUUGCGUCAAUAUAUACCGUUACAAACCGUCUGAAACCAAGAAUAAUACGGAGUGUUUAUCAUCGAUUAAACCUCCGUCAACUAUUGCCUCGACCAUAGAAACUAAGAAUCCCACAGAUUCUGCUAAUGCCACAAGAACCGAGACUAUAACGACUACCGCACCGACCAAAGUAAUUGAAGAUUUUACUAACACCACAACGACAGAGAUUCUUAUAACUACCGCCCCGAUUAAUAUAACUAAAGAUUCUAUAAAUCCCACUAACACCACAAUGAUCGAGACUAUUACGACUACCGCCCCGACCAAAGUAAUUGAAGAUUCCACUAACACCACCACUGAGACUCUAACAACUACCGCCCCGACUAAUAUAACUAAAGAUCCGACAAAUUCCACUAACGCCACAACAACUGAGAUUGUUACGAUAACCGCCCCGACUGAAAUAACUAAAGAUCCUACAGAUUAUACUAAUGCCACAACGAUUAAAACUAUUACGACUACCGUCUCAACCACAGUGACAAAAGAUCCAACAGAUUUUUCUAACGCUACAACUGAGAUUUUAGUAACUAAGGCUCCAACUGAUAAACCUAAUGGGACAUAUAAGACAAAUACAAAAAAUGUUGACUAUACUAACUCAGAGAUAUAUACCAAUGAUGGUUUAAAAGGCUUUGUGUCAGAAAUCCUAGGAAAUACGUCGGAAACAAACUUCAUAGUGUAUGUGGUUUUAAUAGCCGUUGCACUAUUUGUGGGUGGUAUGCUAUUUUGUCUGGCGGUGAUGAAGUUGACGCGCUGCAACAAAAGGCGAAAAUACGAUUUUACGUAAAGCCGCUCCCGGUUCAAUGAGAGAAACUAGCUUCAACUGUUCUAAGGAGACUGGCCAAGACAAUUAUAAGUAUUGCCAGGAAAUAAAACAAUCAACAGAAUAAUAAACGUCAUGUUACUUCAAACAAACAUUACAUAAUACAGUUAAACAAAUACACUGAAAAUUGAACUUAAUUUAUACGUUACUUGGGUUUAACAGAGAUUAUUUUUCUUUAAUAAAUAAAACUCAUGUUAUAUUUCA